AUGGCUCACUGGGAGUUGGGCACUAUUUCCUUUACUGUGGAUUGGGGUCCUGAGUCCUCCAAAGCACACAGCCUUAAGGCAAAAAUCAAACUGUUAACAGUUUGUUUGGGAGAUGCAGCCCAGGUUGGGGAAUGCAAGGACAACAAAAAGGAAAGCCAGGCAAACCAAAGAACAAUUCGGUACAAGCCGGUUGGGUAGGUCCGGGGCGGUGACAGACCAGCGAAGCUGGGGAGAGCUGCGCCCUGCUUCUCAGGGCCUGGACACGCGAAGAAUUUGGGCACCAACUUGUGACUGUGCGAACAGAGCCCAAGAGAUCGAGAGGCCCGGAGCCUGAGGUCGGCCAGGAGCGGGGCAGCCAGACCCGCUUCCUGGCCCCCUUCCUCCGGGAGGAUGUCAAGAAACCAAGCCAGCUGGAAAAAUCAUCUUUCCUCCAGAAAUGUGGUAGCCUCAACCCAAACCGAAGAAGGUCUAAAGCUUUUGUUGAUAAGUGGAGAUGUUACUUGGUGCCCGGCUGAUGUCAUUGUCAACACUGUUCCCAAGAAUCUUCAGCUUGGAGGAGGAUCACUGUCUCAGGCUCUUUUGAAGAAAGCUGGUCCACAGCUCCAGGAAGAGUUAAAUGCCACCAGGAAAGGAACAGAAGAGGAAGAAGGUAGCAUAUUUUUGACAAGUGGCUGCAACCUGGACUGCAAAGCUGUGCUCCAUACUGUGGCACCAUACUGGAAAAAUGGAGCAGGGUCUUCUCAGCAGAUAAUGGCAAAUAUAAUCAAAAAAUGUUUGACAGCUAUGGAAGAGUUAUCUUUUUCAUCAAUAACAUUUCCCAUGAUUGGAACAGGAAAUUUGAAAUUUCCCAAAGCUGUUUUUGUUGAACUAAUCCUUUCAGAAGUGUUCAAAUUCAGUAGUGGCACAUGGCUGAAAAUCUUACAAGAAGUUCACUUUCUGAUACUUCCAGAUGAUGACGAAAUCCAUAAGGCAUUUUUAGAUGAAUUCAAUAAAAGGUUGAGAGGAAAUCCCAACAAGGACAAGAUUCUCAUGUCUGGAAGUGGCCAAGGAAUCUUCAAGACUACCUCGAACUCUGAGUUCACAGCAUAUGAAAUGAAAAUUGGUGUAGUUACUUUUGAGAUUGCUACUGGAGAUAUUACCAAAGAAAAGGCUGAUGUGAUUGUAAACUCAACAUCAAGGACAUUUACUCUGAAAUCAGGGGUGUCAAAAGCAAUUUUGGAAGGUGCUGGACGAGCUGUGGAAAAUGAAUGUGCUGUACUAGCUGCACAGGCUCACAGAAAUUUUAUUAUUACACAAGGCGGGCACUUAAAAUGCAAGAUAAUAAUUCAUGUUCCUGGGGAAAAUGAUGUCAGAAAUACAGUUUCCACUGUUCUAGAAGAGUGUGAGCAGAGAAACUACACUUCCGUUUCCCUUCCAGCCAUCGGAACAGGAAACGCCAGGAAAAACCCAGUCAAAGUUGCUGAUGACAUGAUCAGUGCUGUUAUAGACUUCGUACGGAAACAUUCCACCCCAUCAUUAAAAAAAGUUAAAAUUGUCAUCUUUCUGCCUGAACUGCUAAAUGUAUUCUAUGACAACUUAAAAAAGAGAGACAUUUUCGUGUCAUCCGUCUUUCAGUCCGCGUUCUCUGAGACUGCAAAUAAUAUUCCUGAACACUGGACUGACAUGAAUCAGCAGCGGUCCUGUGUGGUUGAGCUACAACCUGGACAGUCAGAAUAUGACACUGUAAAGGACAAGGUCUCUGAGGUCUGUCGUUUAUACGAAAUAGAGAAGAUAGAGAGAAUACAGAAUGUAUGUCUCUGGGAGAGCUACCGGCUAAAGAAAAAUCAAAUGGACAUCAAGAAUGGCCAUUCAGAUAAUGAGAAAGUCCUAUUUCAUGGGACAGAUGCAGACUCAGUGACAUAUGUCAAUGAGCAUGGUUUUAAUCGCAGUUAUGCUGGGAAGAAUGGUGCAGCCUAUGGAAAAGGAACUUAUUUUGCUGUUGAUGCCCGUUAUUCUGCUAAUGAUAAAUAUUCCAGACCAGACAGCAAUGGGAGAAAGUAUAUUUAUGUGGUACGAGUACUUACAGGAGCCUACACAACUGGAAAUGAAGGGUUAGUUACGCCUCCAUCAAAGGACCCUCACAACCCCAUAGAUCUGUUUGACUCUGUCACAGAUGAUACACAACAUCCAAAUAUAUUUGUGGUAUUUUCUGAUAAUCUAGCUUACCCAGAAUAUCUCAUAACUUUUAGGAAUUAAAAAAUAGGGUUGAGUGUGU